AUCAUAACAAUUAUGUAAUAACUCGAAUCAAAGAUGGCGAAACAUGUAUCAACGGGCAAUCAUACAAGCGAGACUGCAACAGUUGCCACUGCAUCGGGUCCCAUUUGGUGUGUACAAAGAUGGUCUGUUUGAGACAGGCGGAGGAACAGGAUGACAGACAUGUGUGCGUGCCGGGCAAGUUCUAUAAGGACGGGUGUAAGCGGUGCUUUUGCAGUGACGAGGAGACGCUGAAUUGUGGGCCUGUGGACUGCAAGUCUGUUAAUAAGCUUCCAAGAACCCACGAAGAAAUCCACUCGCACAGCAAAUAUUCUUCAUCAGAACAACACAAGCUGCCAGUCCUGAAGUACAGGACUUCAGCCUGUACUCCCGGGGUUUCGUACCGAGUCGACUGUAACACCUGUCUCUGUCUCUCUAAUGGGAACCUUCAGUGUGGUCCGUUGCUGUGUCCUAGUCAUGACGAUGUACAUAGGUCUAAGGCGAAGCAUUACUCAGGGCUACCAUGCACCGAUAUCGACAUUAACGAUACAAACCUGGAGUGCCUAUUCUGUCAGUGCAUAGGCGGAACCAAUAUCUGCGACGCGAAACCCAACUGUGUGCCAUCCAAGAAGCAUGAUCCUAUCGACAUAAAGUCAGGGAAAAAAUGUACCAUUGGGAUGGUAUACAAGCAAUCGUGCAACAAAUGUUUCUGCACGGAAACCCGCAGCCUCCAGUGCACGUUGAAGAGUUGUCUCAGCAAAGCGCAAUCCAGCCAUACUCACAGGAUUAGGAAGCACUGGGUGGAUUACACGUUGAGAAAUAAAGGGAAGAAAGUUUAAUCAAAGAGGAUCGAAUAUACAUGGUGUCCCAUAAACCAACGCGAUAUUGUCACUUUUUUAACUUUUGUUCUUUACGUUUUAUAAAUUAAACGGCCAAUAUCUCAAA